AUGCUGCUAAGAUUUGAAUCACUGGCAUGGGAAUACCUUCCAAUUGAUGAACUUCAUGGAACAGUCAGGAGAUUAACAAGAGCUGGCACAACUGAUCCAGCAUUACUGGAAAGGGCCGAGGAUUUGUGUGAAAUUAGAGAUCAGAUUCGAGACAAAAAGGCUAACACAGCUGUAGCUGCUGUUGACGAAAGUGAUGAUACAGGUUAUAAGUCUCUUCCAAUACUCCCAGAGUGGAAGGAAAUCAAGGAAGACAAUGGUACUCCCCCUGAGGUUCGUCCCAAUAAAGUGGACGCUCCAUACAAGGACUGGAUGGAGUACUAUGACAUACAGUUUCGUCUCGUUCGGGAAGAUUUCAUUGCACCUCUGCGACGUGGUGUGACUACCUUCCUACAGGGAGACAAGGGAAAGAAGAAUAGAGAUGUUAAAACCUACAGCGGAGUCACGAUUGUGUCUCAAGUGACAACAAAAGAAAAAGGAAUUUGUUUUAACGUGAAAUUUGAUGUGUCUCGUUUUCGAAACUACAACUGGAGUGUAACGAAAAGGCUGAUUUUUGGGUCGCUUUUAUGUUUCAUUCCUACACACGAAAAUCCCGAAUCGACUGUUCUAUUUGCAACUGUUGCUGAGAGUGAUUCUUUGAAAUUAAAAGAAGGGAAAGUAAUGGUUCAAUUCGAAAAAGAUAUCCUUGAGGCAAUGACCUACUGUAGAAAUGAAACAGAGUUUGAAAUAAUCGAAUCAAAUGUUUAUUUUGAAGCAACAAGUCCAAUUCUCCGAAGUAUCCAGACAGCAAACACUGAAACAAUGCCAUUCACAAAGCAAAUAAUUCACGGAGAUUGUGGUACAGUUUUGCCACCGGUUUACUUACGUGCCAAUGAAGAAGAGUCUCCUAUAUAUAAUCUAACCUGCUUAUAUGGAUCAAAAAGACGACUAAAAAUGUUAAGGGUGAAUGUUUUGGAAAAGGAAAGCUGGGAGGCAGCGAAUGACAGUGAACUAGAUUCAUCACAGCUGAGUGCAAUCCAGACAGCUCUGACUCAAGAGAUUGCUGUCAUUCAGGGACCACCAGGGACAGGGAAAAACCUACAUUGGGUUAAAGAUAGUUGA